GAUUUGGACAUGGCUGAUUUGGAGGCGAAAGCUGUCAAGUAUGCCAAGAACUUGGCUGCCUUUAUGGUCACGUAUCCUUCUACCUUUGGUGUAUUUGAACCACAGGUCAAGGCUGCGAUUGAUGUGAUUCACAAGCAUGGUGGACAAGUCUAUAUGGAUGGUGCAAACAUGAAUGCUCAGGUGGGACUUUGCUCACCCGGUGAGAUUGGUGCUGAUGUCUGUCACCUCAACCUGCACAAGACGUUCUGUAUUCCACACGGCGGUGGUGGUCCAGGCGUGGGACCUGUUGGCGUGAAGAAGCAUCUCGCACCAUUUCUACCAGGUCACCCAGUCAUUGCGACAGGUGGCGAACAUGCCAUUUCACCCGUCGCUGCUGCUCCCUGGGGUUCAGCGUCCAUCUUGCCAAUCACAUGGGCAUACAUCAAGAUGCUUGGUGCUGAGGGUCUGACACACGCAACACGCAUGGCACUCCUCAAUGCCAACUACAUGGCCAAGAAACUCGCCCCACACUACAAAUUGUUGUAUACCAACACGAAUGGACAUUGUGCGCACGAGUUCAUACUGGAUACAAAAGAUCUCAAGGCAUCUGCUGGCAUCGAAGUGAUUGAUAUUGCAAAACGUCUACAAGAUUAUGGAUUCCAUGCACCGACCAUGUCAUGGCCCGUCUCAACAGGUCUCAUGAUUGAACCAACGGAAUCUGAGAGUAUUGCAGAAAUGGAUCGUUUCUGUGAUGCCAUGAUUGAGAUUCGCAAGGAGAUUGCAGAGAUUGAGAGUGGGUCGCAGCCACAAGACAAUAAUCUCCUCAAGAACGCACCACAUCCGAUGAAGGAUUGUUUCACGCAAGGCGAAUGGACACGUCCGUAUUCUGCGCAGCGUGCGGCGUUCCCAUUGCCGUACUUGUGGAAGAAUAAGUUUUGGCCAACAGUGGGCCGACUGAAUGACGCGCAUGGUGAUAUGGCGCUCUGCACUUGCACACCUCUGCAGAAGGAAGACCUCGAGUAAUCGACAGACCUGGCUUUUCACCUUCACACACAUAAUCACACCUCUGUGACAGUCUCAACGACUGCCACACAUGUUUCAACUACAUCCUUUGG